AUGCUCUUCCGUAGUCUGAGCAAAUACUGGUCAUUGCAAAAAGAUGCCCCUCGCGAAAAUCGAAACUAUCGAGGAAAGAGGCAGGCUGGCUUAGCACUCCGCAUCUACCCGGCGCUGAACAAGUUCUUCCGAGGUACCAAAUGUGAGGAGAUAGUGCGAAAGUACUCGCCUAACAACAAUGCUAUUUUAUUGGUAGAGGAGUAUGAGAGCCACGCGGCAAAAGAAUUGCAGCACAAGCGGUCGAAAGAGGACGAGCGUGAGGAAUCGAAGUAG